GGGGGUCCGGCCCGCCCCGCGCCCCGCGGCCGCCCCCGCUCCCGAGCAGCCCAGACCGCGCGGGGGCCGCGGAAACACAGGAGCGCGAGCGGAGGCGCGGGCGCGCGGCGCCGUCCCCCCCGGCGGGCAGUGCGGCUUGGUCGGGCCCGGUCGCCAUGGCGACGGAGAGUAACACCCGGGCACAGUCGCCGCCGAGGCCAUGGCCACGCUGGCCCUCCUGCAGGCGCGGUCCAAGGUCCUGGGUCAGCACUACUAUUACAAGAACAGUGUUGUGGAUGGAUUUAGGAAAAAGGAAAAUGAUGCAGCAGUUACAAUUCAGAGUUGGUUCAAAGGAUGUCGAGUCCGUGCAUAUAUCAGGUAUUUACACAAAAUGGUAACAAUUAUUCAGAAAUGGUGGAGAGGUUACUUAAGCAGACAAGCAUAUCAAAUAAAAGUAAAGGAAGCAUGUUACACUAUGAAGAUGAAUCUCUACAAUGCAAUGGCUGUCAAGAUUCAGAGACAAUGGAGAGGCUAUAAGAUCCGGAAGUACUGUUUUAAUUAUUUUUAUUUGAAGGAGUACCUGAGAGCUGUUUCAGAGACCAAUGAGGCAAUAAGGGAGGCCCUGGAGGAGUUUGCUGAGAUGAAAGAAAGAGAAGACAAGAAGGCCAGGCUGGAGCGGGAAGAGAAGAGGCAAGCAUACUUGGCCCGUAAGAUGCAUUACCUGCUCAGCACCCACCAGAUUCCAGGUGUCUAUAAUUCCCCGUUCAGGAGCGAGCCUGACCCCUGGGAGCUGCGCUUACAGAAGGCAAAGCCCCUCUCGCACCCCCAGAGGCAAGAGGUGCCCACGCUGGGCCUGAAUGACUGGCUGGCAUGCACGAGCACCCGCUCCUUCCCACGCUCCCACGUCCUGCCACCCAUCAACAGGAAGAAGUGCCAGGGACCCUUCCGCAACAUUACCGAGGUGUUGCAGCAGCGGUACAAGCCUCUGCAGCCCACACUGCAAGAGGCAGAGCCCUUCAACGACCUGAAGGAGGCCAGAAAGGAGCUCAGGAAGCUGGAGAGCAGCCGAAACGUCCAGGAACAAGCGUUUUUGCCAUUUUCUAACUACCAUAAAAAUGAGAAGUAUCUCCCAAUGAUUCACACGUCCAGCAAGUAUGGUCCUGAUUCAUAUGGGUCUAAGAAAUUCAGAGAUGAAAACCCUGACAAGUGGGUCUGUAGCAAGGAUUUCCAAACUGUGCUACAAUCUUUUGAGCUCUUCUCCAACUUUGGAAAAUUAUAUUCAAGGGCUGGAUCAAUUAUAUAAAGGUCUUUUCUCCAAAACAUAUACAGUGGUAAUAGAACUGGCAAAAGCCUGACAUACUUCUUCUCUCUAAUUAAUACAACAGAGUUCUACACAAUACAAUAAAAAUAUUGAUGGUGCCCUGAAGCAAAGCUAUUUCUCAGUACUGUUUUAUGCAUUAAAGAUUAGAAUACUUCAUUUGUGGUGUGUGUUACUUGAAGUAUGAGUUGUCUUUGAGGAUUCCUAAAAGGUAGAUUCUAGUGUCUGUGAUUAUUCAAGUUUGCAACAUAGAGAAGAACUGAGAUACCCAGGUAAGCUCUCAGGGAAUGUUUGGCUUAAUUGUUAAGGUGUUUUAGAAUAGAUAGGUUAUUAAUGUCAAAGCUAGACUAGGUAUUUUCAGCCAAACAUAAAGUAAGUAUUGGGUGAAGAUAGUAAAGAGCACUAGAAUUAAAGGGAAAGAGGCACCAAUAAGAAGUCUGCAUGGAAGAAUCCACAGGCAUUCUUACACAUAAAGAACCUAGGGGAAAGUUCUGGUCCAUGGAAAGAGCACAGGAGAUUUCAACUACAUAGGUUGUUUAGGAUCAAUGAUGGGUUUUCUUUCCUUUGUACAUAUUCUCAUGCUCCAGCAAGGAAGUUUGGAUGUUAAAUAAGGAUAGCAAUUUUUAACUUUAAACUACUUCAAAGAAAGACAUAAAUGGAAAUGUGAAAUAUUCUGAGCUAAUGGAAAAGCAUAUAUAAUGCCCAUUGGAAUUAGCGUCCCAAGGGUUUAUAAAGAAUCACUACCCAUUGCAGCAUUUAUCUAGUGCUUGUGAUUCAUAAUAUGAAGCCGUCUCAAUAAAAUUUUUCUUCUUUGUGUGUGA